CGAAAGCCCCUCCAGGUUAUGGGGGGUAUGUCUGCUGGGCGGCUGAAACAUUGAAUGAAUGAAUACAGUAAACAGUCAUUGAAAAAAAUCUUGUCUUGUGUGAGAACUUCCACUGAAUGACAAACAGUGCUAUCAUGGCAAUUUUGAUUCUUUUGUGAACUUUGAGACCGUGUGACUGCCGGUGUUUCCUGUGUGGAUAAAAUGAAAUAACUUUACUCUGUUUUGUGUUAAAUUCAAUAAUGGUUAUGCGGAAGAGUGUUCGCAUUCUGUUAGUGGGUGAUCGGAGCGUGGGGAAGACAUCAUUAAUAUUAUCACUUGUAAGUGAAGAAUUCAAUGAGGAUGUUCCCCCUAAAGCAGAAGAGAUUACUAUCCCUGCUGAUGUUACACCAGAACAAGUUCCAACUCACAUUGUUGAUUUCUCAGCUGUGGAACAGACCGAGGAACAGCUUGUUGAUGAAAUUCAGCGUGCCCAUGUUGUGUGCGUUGUUUACAGUGUUGAUGAUGAAGACAGCUUAGAUCAUGUUACAAGUCACUGGUUACCUUUAGUACGAUCAAGUAUCCAGGGCACCCCUUUGCCAGUUAUUUUGGUUGGGAACAAGGUGGAUCUAGUAGAUUAUUCUACUAUAGAUAUGGUAAUGAAUAUUAUGGAAGAGUACCCAGAGAUUGAGAGCUGUGUUGAGUGCUCCGCCCGCACUUUGAAAAACAUCUCAGAAAUGUUUUACUAUGCUCAAAAGGCUGUUCUCCACCCGACUGGUCCACUCUAUGUGUUGGAAAGCCAGGAUCUGACUGAAGAAUGUAAGAAAGCCCUUACCAGAAUAUUUAAGAUUUGUGAUUUAGACAAUGAUGGUUUACUAUCUGACACUGAACUCAAUGUCUUCCAAAAGCGUUGCUUUAAUGCUCCACUGCAACCUCAGGUUUUAGAAGAUGUAAAGGCAGUUCUUAGCAAAAAUAUUGGUGAUGGAGUACACAAUAAUUGCAUCACACUUAAAGGGUUCCUUUUCUUGCAUUGCUUAUUUAUUCAACGAGGGCGUAAUGAAACUGUUUGGACAGUUCUUCGUAAGUUUGGAUAUAAUGAUUCUCUUAGAGUGACCAAAGAUUAUUUAGUACCUAGUGUUCGGGUUCCACAUGGCUGCACAUCAGAGUUAAACCACAGGGGACAGCACUUUCUCCAAAAGUUAUUUGAGAGACAUGACAAGGAUCGUGAUGGAGCACUUUCAUCCUCUGAAAUGAAUGCUCUUUUUAUGCCUUGUCCUUCCCCACCUUGGCGCUCAGACUUUGGAAAAACUGUUGCUUCCAAUUCCAGAGGAUGGAUGACCUUGCAGGGCUUCAUGUCAUACUGGUCUCUGAUAACUCUCCUUGACCUUCCUCUUGCUUUGGAGCACCUUGGGUAUUUAGGUUACAACAUUAUUGAAAAUGAAAGUCACGCAAAUGCUAUUCAUGUCACAAGAGAAAAAAGCUUGGACUUAGCCAAAAAGCAAUCUAGUCGAAAUGUGUAUCAGUGCAAUGUUAUUGGUCACCAAAAGUCUGGAAAGUCUACCUUCUGUGGUCUUCAUAUAGGACAAACAUUAGAUAUGACUGGAAAGCAAUCAAAGCAAGACACUGCUUCCUCAAGACUCACAAUUAAUUCUGUUUUGGUUUAUGGCCAAGAAAAGCAACUCAUUCUUAGAGAGGUAGAAGUUAAGAAUGUGGCUGAUCCCCUAAUGACUGAGGAUACCCUUUGCGAUGUUGUUUGCCUUUUGUAUGAUGGAAACCACCCAAAAUCCUUUGAAUAUGUUGCUGAAAUCUACAUGCGUUACUUCCAAGGAAGUAAAGUACCAGUGUUAGUGGUGGCAAGUAAAAGUGAUCUCCCACCAGUUAGACAAGAUUACAUUGUUCAACCUGAUGAAUUUUGUUCUCGACACAAAUUGGCACCUCCUCAUUUGUUUUCUGCCGCUGCCUCGCCUACAGGCACUCCACAGCAUACUGACAAGGAUGUUUAUGUCAAGCUGGCAACAAUGGCAGUUUUCCCUCGUUUCCAGGCAGCUUGGGUUCUUUUCUACAGGCAUAGGUGAGUCAACGGUCCAACCAAACAGCAUGUAGCCUUUAUGUAUUUCGACUAACUUGUAGUUUGAUCUUCAAAUUUUAUUUCUAUAUUUGUUAAUAUGUCUUAUUUGCUUUCUAUCAAACUGUUUUUUCUUUUUUAAUUUUUCUAACUUUAUAUGGCAAUUUUUCACUAGGU